CCGUCAGGAGCAAAAUUAGUAUUAAAUAAUAAUGUAUAUCUCUUAAAUACACAAAAUUUUACGUGGGUUAAAACUUUUGAUACAUCAAAUAUAAAUGGAACUAGUUCACUAAAACCGGAUAAUCAUAGAAGUUCGAGUUCAGAUGAUCAAGGCGAUUCACUCUCAUUAGGUGCAAAGAUUGGUAUUGGCGUAGGUGCGGUGGCUGGAUUUGUUAUCAUAGUAUUUGCAGGAUUCUUCAUUUAUAAUAAACUUCGUAAACGCGAUAUUAAUCAACCUAUUGCAACUCCUG